ACGUGAAAGAUUUGUAUAAUUCGAGUGACCAAACGUGUAAUUUAGCUGCAAUCUCCAUCAUCAUUCCAAACGAAUAAAAAAAAUAAAAGUUACAAAAUACAGCUGGUAUUUCAUCGCACGGCCGGAAAGUAUCCACAGGACCACAGCGCACCACUCCGUCGUUACUCCGCCACUUUCCGGGCAAAUCUUUGCCGCGGAAAUAAAAACAGAAGCUUGACCAUAAAAACAGAGCCCACGGUUAUAGCGCAACAGAGGGAGAAAAAAGCAGGCAGCUUCAUAAGUGAUGAAAGCCCAACCAUGCUUAACGACCAUCCGUUUCUUCCCGACGGCUGACGAUCCCGCCGGUCCCGGAAGUUCAAAGGCCGCCCUUUUUCCGCCAGUUAUAUACAUCUCGCAAAGAAUCCGGCUAAAUCCAUCGCAUUUCUCGACAUCAGAAUCCAAACCCACCUUCCAAAAGAGAAAUUCAUUUUUUUUUCGAACAGGGGAAGAAGUCCGGCAAUGGGCUCUCUUCCGCCAUUUCUCGAUCUUCCUGCGAAUCCCAAGCACCGUCAGCAGCGGCAGAUCGACGAAUCCACCCUCCUGAAUCUCUUCAAAGCCCAACAGAACCAUCUCAAUUACUUCUUCCGCCACCUCGAUCUCUCGCAGGCGCUCUCCUUCUCCCAAACCCUGCUUAACACCACCGGCACCAUCUUCUUCUCCGGCGUCGGCAAGUCCGGCUUCGUCGCCAACAAGAUCUCCCAGACCCUCGUCUCCCUAGGCAUCCGCGCCUCCUUCCUCAACCCCGUCGACGCCCUCCACGGCGACAUCGGCGCCCUCUCCUCCCUCGACGUCCUCGUCCUCUUCAGCAAGUCCGGCAACACCGACGAGCUCCUCCGCUUGGUCCCCUGCGCCAGGGCCAAAGGGGCCUACCUGGUGUCGGUGACUUCCGUCGAAGGGAACUCCCUCGCGUCCGUCUGCGACAUGAAUGUACAUUUGCCGCUGGAGAGGGAGCUGUGCCCUUUCGAUUUGGCUCCGGUAACCUCCACCGCGAUCCAGAUGGUGUUUGGCGAUACGGUGGCGAUCGCGCUUAUGGGGGCCAGGAAUUUGACCAAGGAGGAGUACGCGACUAACCACCCUGCUGGCAGGAUCGGCAAGAGCUUGAUUUUCAAGGUGAAGGAUGUUAUGAAGAAGCAAAAUGAGCUGCCGGUGUGCAGGGAAGGAGAUCUGAUUAUGGAUCAGCUGGUUGAGCUGACAAGUAAAGGCUGCGGUUGCCUUCUUGUCGUUGAUCCUGAUCAUCACCUUAUUGGCACCUUUACUGAUGGUGAUCUCCGGCGGACUCUCAAGGCUAGUGGGGAAGCCAUAUUCAAGCUUACAGUUGGGGAAAUGUGCAACAGGAACCCAAGAACUAUUGGUCCAGAUGCAAUGGCAGUGGAAGCAAUGAAGAAGAUGGAAUCACCACCAUCACCUGUACAGUUUCUGCCUGUGAUCCGUGAUCAGAAUGUUUUGAUUGGAAUCAUUACCCUCCAUGGACUAGUUUCAGCAGGGCUUUGAUGUGAUUGUAUCAGCAACGGCGUUCUUCCUUCUGCAUUGGGAUGUCGAUCAUCGUUCCUUUCACUGUACCAUUGAUAGUUGUAAUGUGUAAUGUAGUCAACUAGUCAUUUCAUUGGGUAGUUCAUCGAGAGGCAGAUAGAACAUGUAGAAUGAGGAUUCUUUUCCCGGUUCGUCCUGCACUUCCAAAUUCACGUUGGUUUUUAUAUAUUAAGAGCGAGCUUGAGAAAGAAGCCAUUUUUUUUAUACAUAAACUUACUAAG